UCAACACGUUCUCGUGUUUUCGACAUUUAAAAUAAAUAAUGGAGCAACUUGCAAAACCACAAAUAAUAUGUCAUCUUGAGAAGGACGUAAAUUAUUCCGUACACGAAGUUAAAUGGAUUCCAUCCUCGGCGAAAUUUGUCGCGAUGGGCGGAAAGUCCAAUGGCACCGGCAUUGUGGAAAUCUACGCCAUGAGCGGCGAUGGACUUGAAAAAAUCAGCGAGUUCGCCAAAGCAGAUCAAUUUAAGUGCGGCACAUUUGAAGCUUCCAGUUUGAGGGCACGCCACUUGGCUACGGGCGAUUUCGGAGGAAGAUUACAAGUAUGGGAUUUAGAAGACUCACUACUUCCCGUGUAUAAAUCGACAAAGCAUACAGCAAUAAUCAAUUCAAUAGAUGGUAUAGCCGGAACGAAAGUCGGAUGCGGUGCGCCGGAAUUAGUAACAGGAUCUCGCGACGGAUCUGUAAUGGUGUGGGAUGUUCGACAGAAGGAUAUUCCUGUAGCCAAGUUUCUACCUAGCGAGGGAACGGCGGCGAGAGAUUGUUGGGUUGUUGCAUUCGGUAACUCCUACAAUUCUGAGGAGCGGGUCGUUUGCGCUGGAUAUGACAAUGGGGAUGUGAAGAUGUUCGAUUUAAAAAGUAUGUCCUUACGUUGGUCCAAAUGCUUGAAAAAUGGAGUUGUUGGGCUUCAGUUUGAUCGCAAGGAUAUACCCAUGAACAAACUAGUUGCGACAACUUUGGAAUCUAAACUUUACUGCUUUGACGUACGUACACAGCAUCCUAAGAAAGGUUUCGCGCAAGUAACUGAAAAAGCGCACGGAUCCACAGUUUGGUCGGUAAAGCAUUUACCACAAAAUCGAGAAAUAUUCAUGACAACGGGAGGCGCGGGCUCUUUAUGUUUAUGGAAAUACAACUACCCACAUAAGCGUGUCGACAAGGAUGGUGAUGGUCUUGAAAUGGGCGUGCCAGGAGAGUUGAGUUUGUUACAAAAUAGUACAGUCUCCACACAGCCCAUUACAUCAUUCGAUUGGUGUAAUGAUAAAAUUGGUUUAUCGGUUUGCUCAGCAUAUGAUCAAACUGUGAGGGUACUAAUUACAACAAAACUGAAUCUAUACUAGGAUGUAUCUUUGUAAUUGUUCACUAAUUAUGUAAGGCUUUCCUACUUUGAUUUUUUGCUAUUUCUAGAUUCAUUAAUAAUUGUAUACAUGAGCAAACCAUGUUCAUAAACAAUUGCAAUUUUUAACAGUAAACCUGAGGGUAAACAAAAAAAUCGCUUGCUGAAAGUGUAAGAGUAGGUACCUAAAAGAACACUCAAAAGUGCCUUUGGGACUAGGGUAAAAAAUCUUCUUCUUU